AUGGAUUCUGAUAAUGUAGAUAAUCAAGUCGAACAUAAUACUAACGUUCCUGCCUUUCGCGACUUUUCUCCACUUGAAUAUACCAAUUUCUUCGAUAAAAAGCUUGAUGUUCAUAUUGGAAAUGAUGUUUUUAACGUUUAUUUAAAAGGAGAAGAAGGCCCAGUGUUUUAUUUGUUACAUGGAGGUGGUUACAGUGGUUUGUCAUGGGCUGUUUUUGUGGUGAGUUUAUAUUUUCUUUGAUUAUUUUGAGUUUUAGGAAGAUUUAUGCUCAAAAGUGAAAUGUAGAGUAGUGGCACCUGAUUUACGAGGACAUGGACUUUCUCGAUGUACAGAUGAUAACUUAUCUUCUGAAAAACAAAUUGAGCAAGUUUUAAAAUUGUUUUAAUUUUUUUCUUACUAUUUUUUGUUAACGUUAUGUUAAUACUUGAAAGUAAACUCUAAUUAGAUUUAUUUUAGAGAUAUUGCUAACAUCUACAACAAUGUCUUUGAAUCCCUGGCAAAGAAACCGCCACUAAUUAUUGUUGGUCAUUCUAUGGGAGGUGCGUUGGCCGUGAGAGCUGUUCAUGCCAAUUUGUUACCUAAUGUGCAAGCUUUAGCUGUUAUUGAUGUGGUUGAAGGCUCAGCGAUGGGAAAUCUGAGUUUGAUGACACAAGUUUUAAGAAAUAGGCCGAAACAUUUCGCUACUCUUGAAAAAGCUAUAAAAUGGUGUGUAGAUAGUGGUAUGACAAGGAAUCUGAAAGCCGCUAAGGUUUCAAUGCCUUCACAGUUAAUCAAGGACGAAAAUGGGAAAGAUGUAAGGUUUUGUAGUAUUUUUAAAUUUUUUGUGGAGUAUGAAAGUUUGAUUUCAGGUUUUACUUAUGUUAAGUAUUUUUGAAUUACCAAAUUAUUUUUAGGGUUAUCAUUGGAGAGUGAACCUUGGCAAAACUCAAGAAUAUUGGGUCGGCUGGUUUAAAGGGCUUUCUAAAUUGUUCUUGGAAUGUAAACCAGUUAAAAUACUAAUUUUGGCAAAUGUUGAUCGACUGGACAAGGAACUAAUGGUACGUUAUGAACUUUGUUUAUAUAAUAAGAUAGUACUUUAUGUAUUUAAACGUAUAAAGUUAAGUUUUAUUCAUUUAAAAUUCUCUAAGCACACGGAAAGUUUAAAAUUAUGAAAUACACUUGAACACAAAUACAGUAUUCAGAUAGGACAAAUGCAAGGGGCAUUUCAGUACGAAGUGCUCCAUAAAGUGGGGCAUGCUGUUCAUGAAGAUUCUCCUGAUAAAGUCGCUGAUAUCUUUGCAAAUAUGGUCAAAAGGUACCAGGUGAUAUUCAACAAAGCAUAG